UGAAAGAAGAAGCAGCUGGCACUCACACAAGAGACCGACAAAUUGGAGAGCGCAGUGAGCUAUCAUUGUUGCCGUCGCAUCUACUGUUGUUGUUGUAGCGGAUGCUGUUGUUGUGGGAGCAAAAAUAUUUUAACGCAAUUAGAGACCGAAGCAUCGUCGUGGCAUCAGAUCCAGAGCGAACGCGCACGCAGAUGGACACGGUGCACGGAUAAAAUCAAAUAGAAGCCGUAACACGCAGCACAGUGUUUUUGUAUGUGAAUGCCUGAAACUCCAUAAACCCAGUUUUGCAAAAAACGUGGUGAAACGUGCGCCAACGAGUGAGUUAGUGAGUGAGUGAAAUCAUAGUAAAUGCAAAGCGACUCAAUUAACUGUGAAAUCCAGCUGCAUCAAGAACAAACUAUGAGGUGUGAAGAAUAAGUGAGCGGGAUAGCGAAAGUGAGAGCGAGCAAGAUAGACGAGCGCAAACAAUUUGUUGAAUACUGCUGCGUUCGCACUAGCGACCGAAAGAAAGCAAAAGUGAAGAAUAUCACACAAACACGCACACAAACAAACAGGCGCGCUCACAGACACACACUCACACACAUUAAGAACUCUGUAAUGCGUGUAUUUGUGUAACUACUUAAUACAGAUGCAAAUACAAAAUUUCAAUAUACACACGCACACAUAGGAAAGCGCAAAAAAGAGUGCUGCCAACUAAAGUUGAGUGGAAAAAAACCUCAGCAAAGCCCAGCAAGAUUGGCGGCGCAUAAGUUAAAAGGACAAAGACGAUUAAACAGCUUCGCUGUCGGCGACAGCGGGAGCAGCAGGGACAGCGGUAACGGUAACGACAGCGGCAGCAGCAGCGACAGCAUCAGUACGAAAGGGAUGUAUCUAAGUAAAACUUGGGAAGCAGAGUUUUACUGUUAGCUGGCAAUAUAAUAAACGCGUGUGUUUAUGUAAAUAUUUGGCACAGAGCGCGGAGGCGAGGCGGCGUAGGAGCAACAGCAGGACGCGAUUGACGACAUUGUUGCUGUGCGGCGGAUAGCGCGUUUAGUGUAUAAUAUUUGAAAUCAAAGCGAAAGGGUAUGAACAUGUCGGUGCGGCUCUGUAUCAAGCACAAGAUUCACAUGCGCACCACGGCUGUCAAAAUGAAAAUGCCGACAAUCAGUCGAGCCAGCAGCAGCCAGCAGGAGACGAAAGUGGAGAAGGCGGCGGAGGUGGUGGAGCUGGAGAACAGCCAAGAGCAGGAAAAGGCAGCGGGCCACACCAAUUGACGACAAACUCAAGAAGCAAACAGACUAAGCUAAUCCAAUCGCGUUUUCUACAUAUUUACUUUUGCGUUUUCAUUGGUUCCUUGAUGAGCUACAGUAGAGCUAUUCGUGCAGCAAGCGUGCCGCGAUGGCAGGCAAUGCAAAUUCGCCGCAGCCGAGCCAUUUGCAUUAUAAGACUGAUAACAUUAAAGAGAUUUCUACACAUUUUGGCCAUGUCAGCGCACAAUCAAAGGCAGCGCAUGCAGCAGCCGGGCCAGCAGCAGCAGCAGCAGCAGCAGCUUCAGCAGCAGCAGCAACUACAACAACAACUACAACAACAAUCGGCGCAGAGGAAACGCCAUUUAUGGCACACACAGGACCCGGCACAGAUGGCAUCCUGCAGCACGUGGCUGCUGCUGCUGUUGCUGUUGUCCUCACUCUGGCCGGACUGCGAGUGCCUCCAUGGCGCCAAGCUGAGCGCCAGCACGGUGAAGACCAGGUACGGCCUGCUGCGCGGCAUUGUGGUGCGCUCCUCGCCCCUGGUGGAGGCAUUCCUUGGCAUUCCGUAUGCAUCGCCGCCCGUCGGCAGUCUCAGAUUUAUGCCACCCAUAACGCCAUCGACGUGGAAAACGGUCCGGAACGCGGAUCGAUUCUCGCCCGUUUGCCCACAGAAUGUGCCCAUACCGCCCAACGGACCGGAGGCGUUGCUGGAGCUGCCACGCGCUCGACUCGCCCAGCUGAGACGGCUGCUGCCGCUGCUCAAGAACCAAUCGGAAGACUGCUUAUACCUUAAUAUCUAUGUGCCCUACGAAACGCAGCGAGCCAGACCAGAUAAUGAGGCUGCAAAUGAUAGUGCGAGUACCAGCGCUAGUUCCAGCUCCAAAUCCAGCACAAGUUCUACUUCCAACUCAUUGCUCUCCACGGUGCUGUUCAUACAUGGCGAAUCGUACGACUGGAACUCCGGCAAUCCCUACGAUGGCUCCGAACUUGCCGCCCAUGGCAACGUCAUCGUUGUGACAAUCAAUUUUCGGCUCGGCAUUUUUGGGUUUCUCAAGACCGGCGGCAAGGAGAGCGCCCAGGGCAACUUCGGACUAAUGGAUCUAGUUGCCGGCCUGCACUGGCUCAAGGAGAAUCUGCCCGCAUUCGGCGGCAAUCCCCAGAGCAUCACCCUGCUCGGCUACGGCACCGGAGCUGUGCUGGCCAACAUCUUGGCCGUGUCGCCCGUGGCCAGUGAUCUGAUACAGCGCGCAGUGCUCAUUAGCGGCACCGCCCUCUCCCCUUGGGCCAUACAGAAGAACCCGCUGUUUGUCAAGCGGCGCGUGGCCGAGCAAACUGGCUGCCAUGGCGACAUGCUCUACGAUGAUCUCGCACCCUGCCUGCGCACCAAAAGCGUCGCGGAGCUACUCUCGGUUAAGAUCGAUCAUCCGCGUUUCCUUGUUGGCUUCGCGCCAUUUGUGGACGGCACUGUCAUCACGCCCAAAACGGAUGCCAUGUCCAGCACAGCCCUGCCCCUGGGCUCAGCGAUAGUUAGUACUUCAGGAAUUGAAUAUGCCAACUUUCCCAAGCGUGAUCUGAUGUUCUGUCUGACAUCUGUGGAGUCGUAUUUGGAUUUGAGCGCUCAGGAUCUGGAGUUUGGUUUCAAUGAGACGCGCAGGGAUCGCAUUUUGCGAACAUUUGUGCGCAACAAUUUCCAUUACCAUCUGAAUGAGAUUUUUGCGGUGCUCAAGAACGAGUACACGGACUGGGAGAAGGCCAUCAGGAACCCGUUGAGCGCACGGGAUGCCACGCUGCAGUUUCUGAGCGACGGGCAUACGGCGUCGCCCCUCAUCAAGCUGGGCUACAUGCACAGUUUGCGUGGGGGCCGGACCUACUUUGUGCACUUCAAGCAUCGUACGGUCGAGGAUGAAUAUCCACAGCGAACUGGCUCCGUGCACGGCGAAGAUGUGCCCUUCUGGCUGGGCUUGCCGGUCUCUCCCCUCUUUCCCCACAACUACACCGCGCAGGAGCAUCAAAUCGGGCGACUGAUGCUGCGCUACCUGGCCAACUUUGCCAAAACAGGCAAUCCGAACCAUUCCACAACGGGCCAAGCCCUGCCUACUGCCAGCCAGAGUCGAGCCGCUCUGCAUCCACAGCGGAAACGCUCGGCGCCCAGGUAUCAGGAUGCACUGGCCACCGGUGAGGCGCUCAACCUGGCCGUCCUCUACAACCAGCGUCGCAGCAAUGCCAUGCACGAGAAGCGCGCCUUCGUACGGCGACGUCUGCGCAGCAACGAUGCCAACGCGCCGCAGCAGAGCCUGAGCACUGAGCUGGAGCUGGGCAACUAUGACGGCGAUGAGCUGCCCUUCUGGGAUGCCUACGAUGUGGUCAAUCAGCUGUACAUUGAGCUGGGCAACAAGGCCAACAUUCAGAGCCAUUAUCGUGGCCACAAGCUCUCCAUGUGGCUGAAUCUCAUACCUCAGCUGCAUCGGCACUUCAACAUCAACGAUCAGUCGAUGCGGCAUCAUCAGUUCCAGGACGAUCUCAACAGUCGAGAUCUAUACGAAGGUGUGGUGCGUCCCCAGCUGCAAACGAAGCCAGCGGAGGAUGAUAACAUCAUCAUUGUGCAAACGGCUCGCACCACAGCUGCUCCGCCGCCGACGACAUCAAAGCAGGAGAUGAUGAAUGCAACGAACGCUUUAGGCGCCGCAGGUGCAACUGCCACAACAGAAUGCGGCAUCGAUGGCGCCAUGUCCGUGUCGGAGCUGACCACCACCACCCAAGCACCGAAGGACAAUCGCACCCACGGACAGGUGGAGACGCACAAGGAUUUGGCCACCGCAUCGACGGGCAUCAUUGGCAAUCUGGAGCUGCUGCGCCGGCUCAGUGGCAAACAGUUCCAGAGCUAUACCACAGCACUGAUAGCCACUGUAGCCGUCGGCUGCUUUCUGCUCAUACUGAAUGUGCUGAUCUUUGCGGGCAUCUAUCAUCAGCGGGAGAAGCGGGCACGCGAUGCCAAGACGAAGGAGGAGCUGCAGGACAGCGACACGAGCAAGAACUCGAGCAUACUGAAGCUGAAUGCGACGGCGGGUGCGGGCGAUGGCAGCGAUGCCUAUACGUUGAGCGGCGGCGUUGUGGACACCAAGAGCGGAAUGGGCAUGGUCUUUGGCGAGUACAGCUGCUACGAUGAGAAGACCAAGCAGAUGAAGGAGGAGAAGCUGCUCGUCGAGCUGCCGCCGCAGCCACACACGGCUCAGACAACGCUGCUGAUGGACAACUGGGAGGCAUGCUCCACCAGUACGCUGGAUCUGCUGAAAACACGGCCAGCGGUGCACGCGAUCCAUGGAGCUGCACCGAGCAGCUCACACAUCGAGAUGGUCAGCUACAAUGCGCUGCCAACGCUGGCAACGGUCAUAGAGACGAGCCCGAAUCCGGUGACCUCUGCGCCGGGCAGCAAGCGCGGCUCCUUCCUGGACACCAGUGGACAGCUGCAGUUUGACUAUGCGGUGCAGUCGUCCGACCAAAUGUCCUUCAAGGCCAUUGAGGAUGCCGUCAAGGCAGCUGCCGGCACUGGCGGCGAUUCGGAUAUCAUGAGGGACGAUGAUAUACCAGAGCCGCCGCCUCCACCACGCUCCUUUCUAGCAGCCCAGCAGCAGCAGCAACAACAACAACAACAGCAGCAGCAAAUGGGAAUCCUGCGUCAGGCGGGCGCUGCAGGUGGAGCCAGCAGCUCGAGCAGCGGCAAGAAACGUGUACAUAUUCAGGAAAUCUCUGUCUAAACAUGAUAAUGCCUCUGUCUCUAUCUCUGGCUCUCUUUCUCUCUCUCUGAACUUAGCUUAUGGAAUUUCAAAUCUAAAGAAAAGUGCUCAAAGUGCUUGAACCUAUUUUUACCCCUCUAUAGACCCAGCCCGACUUGAUCCUAUAGUUUCUAUAUAUUCUUUCCAUACUUUGCCGUAGUCGUAUCUGAUAAAUCUGUUAAGUAUAUGUGUACGUACUUAUUGUCUGUUUGUACAUUAUGUAAAUGUUCCUAAACUAAAUCGGAAUAUGUAGUGCCAAGUAAACUAUUCAUAUAUACAUAUAUGAUAUAUAUUAUAUAUUAUUGUAUUAUCGUAUCGAGUUUGUUUUCCAUCAUAAAUAUAAUAUAUGUGUGUGUAUAGUUUAUGUUUAUUUCGACUAACUGAUUAAGGACUAAUAAUUUUAUUAUCACAUAUUUGCUUGUUAUGUAUUUGAUAAUUAGCCAAAUCAAAAACAAAGUCAAAUAAUAAAAUAAUAAUUAUAAUAAUGAAACAAAAUUAUGUACAAGUACACAAGCU